UGUUGAAACAGACCACUUUUUGCCCCCCCCCUUCCUCUUCCAAGUCCGCCCUUUCCUUUCUCUUCACCCUCUAUGUGAGCAGAGACACACAGAUCACCACGUCUCUCGUCAACCACUGGGAAACAAGCCCCCUCUCGGUUAUUGCUGCGUGGAUUCCUGCUCCUCUCUUCUCACUCCUCCGUUUGUCCAGGACCCCAACACUGCUUUCCCAGGGUCAAAACAAAACAAAAACAAAAACAAAAAAAAUGACAGACGUGGUAGUCGCCUCUUCGCAGCAGCGGCACCACCCGGCGUCGACUGGCCCCAUUACUCGCUCAGCCGUGGCUGCAAAGCCGGGCGGACUAACACCGACAGCAGCUGCGAGACAACACGGAUCCUCCGAGACCACCACCCCGGCAGCCCCCUUAUCCUCCUCAUCUGCUGGCACAGCUCCACCCCCGGAGCCCGCUAAGGAACCACCUCGGCGGCCUAUAACUAGGAAGCGUGCUGCCUCCAUCAACAUCGAGGAGGCCAACCGGUCCAAGAUCGAGAACUUGAGCCUUACCACACCCACAGCCAGCACCGCGAGCCCGCGGCCUAUUGACGCUAUCUGUCUCUGUACCCCAACCCCAAAGGUACCUCGGCCUCGAAACGCUUUUAUUCUUUACCGCCAGCAUUACCAAGCCGAGGUGGUGCAGCAGAACCCGGGGCUCGCCAAUCCUGACAUCUCCAAGAUCAUCGGUGAACAGUGGCGCGACGAGCCCGAAGACCGCAAGAACCAGUGGAAGCUCCUCGCCGAGGAGGAGAAGCAACGCCACCAGCGUCAGUAUCCAGACUACCGAUACCAGCCGCGGCGCGGGAACAAGUCCGGAAGCUCACAGUCGUCCCGGCCUGCAGUCGGCCCGGGUGAGGACCCGAACCGCUGCCCCAAGUGCGGCGGACGGUACAUUGUCACCCCGAGAACGCCCUCGACACCCUUUGUGACACCCACGGUUUCCAAGCCGGCCAGCACCCCGUAUCACGGCCUCCCUUCAUCAAGAAGUGACAUGAGCCGACAAAGCCGCACCCAAGCAUACUCUCAUUGGGCCGGCCCGCAGAGCACUGCCAGCCUGUACGACACCAACGAGGAUUACGAGAGAGCCCUGUCCCCCAACGAAACCAAGCGGCGCCGGUACAACGCCCAGGGGAGCUACCACAACUUCCACGCCCUCCCGUCGCCCCCGAUCCCCUUCACGCAGCAGCAGCACCACACCUCAUCCUCCCACUCCUACCCCCGCCAGUCCCCCCUCAGCAACCCAACCCCAACCUCCAACUACCCGCCGCCGCCGCACUCCGGCCAGUCGGUCUUGAUCCCGCGCAGCAGCCCCGGCCCGAUGAUGCCGCCUCCGCCGCGGCCCACCCACUCAGUGCCCCUCACCCCCAGCGGCCCGGCCCCGUCCGUCCCCCAUCAGCAACAACAUCAUCAACAACAUCAACAACAGCAAUACCCUCCCCCAUCAUCACACCCCCGCCACCACGCCCCCUCCGACAUCGACGAAUCCCUCCGCCUACCCCCCCUCCAAACCCACCUCCCCACCGACACCACCACCACCAACCAUCACCACAACACCGACCCCACCACCGGCACGACCGGCCCAACAGGCCUAGGAAUCAUGAACCACCCCACCCCAACAAUGGCCUCGUCAUCAUCAUCAUCAUCAUACUACACCGGCCCAGGAGCAGCAUCUUCGGCUUCGGCGGCAGCAGCAGCAGCCAGACGCGAGCGAGACGCAGCCGAGCGUGCGCAUGCCCGCUCUGUCGAGGCGAUGGUCAUGAGCAUCCCCUUUAUUAAUAAGCUGCGCGUGCUGGAGCGGAUUAGUCCGCCGUUGGGGCCGAUGGUUGGCGCUGCUGAGACGGUGGCACAGCGUCAUGGUGGUGGUGGUGGUGGUGUUAGUGGUGGUGUUGGUGGGAGGGGGCCGGUGAUUGCGGUGGAGGGGCCGGAUGCGCGGUUGGUGAGGGCGGUGGCGGCGGUUGUGGAGCGCGCGUUGAAGGCUGUGUCGCCUCCUGUGGGGGACGGGUGUGGUGGGUGGGAUGUGCGGUGCUGGGAGGAUGCUGGUGUGGCGGUUCCGCGCCGGCAGCGGGAGCAGCAGCAGCAGCGGGGGUCGGUUGGUGGUGGUGAGGAGGAUGUGGUGAUGGGUGAGUCUGGCGCUGGGGAGGGGAGUGGCUCGCGGCAUGGCAGCAUCGCUGCUUCGGUGGCUGAUGCCAGCCCCUUUACGGCCUACCUGCGCACCAUCAGCGACUGGCACGCGAAGUCGGCCGAGAUCGUCGACUUCGUCACCAACAUGUCGCCGGCGUCCUCCUCGGCUUCCGCCGUCCCCCCUAGCCAAACCCGCCUUUCCACCUCAAGCUCAUCCUCCUCGGCCGCCAACUCCUCAACCACCACAGACCCCAAUAAGACCGAAGCCGAUUCCGACUCCACCCCGCGCCCGUCCAAGCCCACGUCAACAACAACAACAACCCAACAACGCCACCCACUCCCCACCAGUUCCAGCCCCCGCAACACCACCAACAUCACCCCCACCACCAAUACUACUACUACCACCACUCACUCUGCAACCGCCCAACCCCUCCCCCACCUCCCCAUUGCCCUCCUCCCCUCGGGCUUCUCCCUCACCCUCGCCGACCGCUUCGCCUGCGCCGUGCCCAUCUCGGACGCCUACGCGCCCGUCGACCACUGGCAGUGGAUGGCGACGCUGUGGCGCGGCGUCGUCGGGUCCGAUCUGGUGGUUUAUGUGUCUCCUUCUUCUUCUUCGUCGUUUUCUUCGGGUUCUGCUGGUUCUUCUUCUUCUGCUACGGGUUUUGGUGGGGGUGGGGGUGAUGGGGUGGUGAUGGGGCCGGGGACGGUGGAGGUGAAGAGUGCGGGGUUGAUUGUGGUUAAGGUGCCGGGGGUGGUUUCUGGUGUUGGUGCUGGGUCUGGUUCUGGUUCUGGGGUGGGGAUGGGGGGUGUGUAUGGGGAGAGGGAGGGUGAGCUGGUGGUGGAUGAGAAGAUGGAGCGGCGGUUGGGGUUUGAGGUCGUGGAGUGGGUGCGUGCUGGGGGUUGGCUGAAUGCUGGACGCGGGGUGGAUGGCGGGAUGGGGAUGGAGUAUUAGAUUGGAUAACAUCUAGGAGGUAUCAGGUUCUACAGCAUGUCAGGCAGUUGGGAUGGUAAUUUGUUUGUGUAGAUGGUUUGCUAUGGUCGGUGAUGGUAUGCGGUGGUAAGAUGGAAAGUAAAAAGGCUUGCACAGUAUCUACAUCUUCCAAUGUCCCUGCCCGACUGGAUGUGGUAUCU